AUGUCUUACCCUGACAAAUUGUAUCCUCGAGAUUACAAGGUUCUCUCGAUCAUCGACUACGACCCGGUCUCCAUCCGCUACGACGCAGUCCACGCGUCGAGUGGCGUGCGAACUACUCUUCACGUCGGCUUCGCGUCAAAGAUGAUUGCAUCCUGGGACGUCGAGGGCAUCGCCACGGGGGUGCCGACGGAGGUUAGCUUAUCCUUUAGACUCGCCGACAUACAAGGCCUGCCACGGAUCUUUGGUUACGGCAGGAUAUCGGCCGACGUCGUCUUUUACGCGACUCUCUCGUACAACUACAUAACCGUCAAGACGCUAGUGGACGCCGGUGCCUACCUCAACUGGGACCGCUGCGAGUGCUUUCGGCAAGUGUUUUACUGCGUCUACGAGUGCGCCAAGCGAGGGGUAUACCACACGUCCCUGAGUUUGCACUGCGUCUUUUUCAACGAAAACCAAUACCAAGUGGGUGGUUGGCAAUUUGGCGACGUAUCGGACGUGUCCGGAGCGACGAAGACGGAGGUGUUCACUGCCUGCAACAAGGACAGUCUAUCGCCGGAGGCCCAUCGCAGGGACAAGUACGCAGAGAUGGACUAUUGUCCGGAAAAGCAGCUCGUCUGGAGCCUCGGCAUCUUUCUUUACUCGCUGUACCUGUCGAGCAUUCCUUUUGAGCGGAGCGAGCUCGAGUGUGUAGGCAACCUCGUCCGCAACGUUAUGUACAACAAGGUCAAGAGAGAAGUUACCAUAAUUCAAGACCUACAGUCGAGACUGGUCGAGAACACCUGCAACCUGCCCAGAGACGUGCGGAUGCUGAUUUGGAAGUGCCUGGCCUUCUUUCCAGAGAAGCGACAGAGUCUAGAAACGACGAAAUAUUUCGUCGACAGAAUGACCUUGGAAAAAUAA